UAGAUCCCGGAGAGCGGAGCGUCGGUCGACCGCGACUCCGAUUGGCAGCUUCUCUGGGCUGCACCAGAAAACCCCCCGUGCAGCUCCCACGGCAGGUCUCCCCGGGAUCCGUGUUUUGCAUCGCUCCUCGAUUUGCAUUUCUUCCUCAGAUUUUCCGUGCGACGGGUUCCGCCGCUCGAAACCAGCGGGCGCGCCGCGGCUCCAUUGUACGUGCGCCUCCAUUUCCAAAGCGAUACGCGCGGAGAGCGUUACCUCUGGAAAUUCUGAAUAAUGUUGCCGAAGCCCCGCGAGCGUGGAAACUGAGGACGUUUUGAUUUUCAUGCAUUUCUGUUGCGCACCUACGGAGACACGUGUCUUCAGGGUAAACAGAAAGGGCUAGAUCGUGUCGGCAGAUUGCAUUGUGUUUCUCCCCCCCACGUUUUUGUUGGUUAUAGACGACCGAGUUCGAGCUCGGCGACCAGCUCUGCAUCAGUUCGUGCGCCUUGGCGAUAAAGACGCAGUUGGAAAUGUCGGAAGUGCUGCCAUUCAACGAGGAAAAAAUGAGUCAUUAUGGAAAUGAGGACGACGAGGGACACCUUUCCUUCACCUGUCGUCUUCAAGACACCAACAACUUCUUCAGCGGCUCACAGAAUAAACGUCCGCCGAAGCUCGGGCAAAUAGGCAGGAGCAAACGGGUUGAGUUCGAGGACGAGAACGGUGACAAUGAAGCGCUGAAAAAUGGAACAGAGAAGACCCCGGGAGAGGCUUAGAGCGCUCGGCCCACGACCCCCCAAAAGAGACUCUUGACAUUUUUUAUGGCGAUAUUUACCAGUUUUAAUCCAAAGACACUGUAUAUAAGCACUUUCUCUCAUGUGGCAGCAAGCGGCACUUCCACACCCUCCUCUUCCAGCCAGUCGCGGCCGUCCGGGUGACACUGGCAGGGGCGGGAGAUGGCGGCGAGCGCGAGACCUCCAGGUGGACCCCCCCCUCGACAUCCACACACGCGCCGACACACACAAACGCAGCCACACGCCACACGGCACGCACACUGAUCGUACCCUGGGUCGCAGGGUAUCGCCAUAAAUCCAAAAGCGGGAGAAGGUGCGGGGGGCGUCGAGGUGGAGGGAGGAGGCAAGCGCUGUCGAAACGCAGAAAUCAGGGACAGGAUACACAAAUGAAUCUAAUAUAGAAACUAAAGCACACACUUCUCCUAUAUCUUAUCAAUCAAACCUAUGGUAUCGUUCUUUCUGCUCUUCAUUUUGACUGAGGACGAAUUAAUUACUGACUAUGUAAAUAUGGAAAGGGUAGCCCAUAUUUUCUUGCACAAAGUGGGAAUCGCUAAACUGGUUUGUUCUGUGCUGAAGACUUUAUCCGCUGAUUCGUCAGACUACGGGUUUCGCAGCGACCCGAGGCCCGAGGGAGUGUUUCUCUUUCGUUUUUGUACGUUAAGAGCACUGGGAGCAUGAGAAUGAGAGUGAGUUUUUUUUUCUCGAUGUUGCCCGAGUUGUUUUUUUGUUACCAUAUUUUGCAGCUACCGAGUCCAUUUCUACACAGUGUAGCCCCACCUGUUUGUAAGCUUCCCAGGCCUUCACCUGGAUUGGUUGAUACUGUAAGCUGACUGUACACACCCUAUUGAUGAACUAUUUAUAUUGCAUUGUGCAUUAUCGUGCGUGCCAAAUCCCACGGGGGAUAUUCUGUACCGAACAACUCCUUCUUUUUUUUGUGCUUUCUACAUUUACUCAUGAAGUUCAGUUGUUUCGUUGGGUUGCCAUUUUUUAGGGCUCUUUCUUAAAACACUGAAAUACCAACUCAUGCAUGGCAAAUAUGAAAUCAUGCAUGCACGGCAGAAGUUCUGAAACUCUUGUGUAUUCUUGAAGCACCUCGUAUACAGCUUUGAAUGACAAACCUCAAGAAACAGUCUUAAUUCUGCGUCGUACUGUACGGUUCACACUGAUUUGUACAGUGGCCUAAUAUCUUGUAAUAAAGAUUAUGACAAAGUA